AUGCCCAGCGCCUGCCAUGACAGUGCCACCAAUGCCCUCAAGGCGCCAGGCGGCGUGAUCCUGUUCGCGGGCUCUGGCCCCCGCAGCCCGCCCGGGGGCCCAGCUGUGCUGCCCGCAGCACUGGAGGAGCUGUCGCUGGCCGAGCUCGGGCCACCACCGCCGGGCAUCUCUCCUGCCUCGCCCGGCCUCACCUUCCCCUUCGCCGACAGCGGCCGCUGCCCCGGCCCAGGCCAGAGCCAGAGCCAGAGCCAGAGCCGGGUGGCCAAGCAGGGCGGAGCCCCCGGCACCUUCCCCAAGGCGGGGGGGCUGGUGCUGCUCUGCAAGGUCUGCGGGGACAUCGCCUCCGGCUUCCACUAUGGCGUCCACGCUUGCGAGGGCUGCAAGGGCUUCUUCCGGCGUAGCAUCCAGCAGAACAUCCACUACAAGAUGUGCGUGAAGAACGAGAGCUGCCUCAUUGUGCGCAUGAACCGCAACCGCUGCCAGCACUGCCGCUUCAAGAAGUGCCUGGCCGUCGGCAUGUCCCGCGACGCCGUGCGCUUUGGGCGCAUCCCCAAGCGGGAGAAGCAGCGCCUGCUGGAUGAGAUGCAGAGCUACAUGAGCAGCCUGGGCGAGGCGCCCCUGGACACGGGGCUGGCGCCCGAGGGCGAGGCGCCACCCAGCCCUGUCGCCCAGGAGGAGGAGGCCAUCGGCGCCAUCUCCCGCGCCUACCACGACAUCUUCGGCAGCGGGCAGGACCGGGCAGGCGGGCCUGGCCCCCCACCUGGCUACGCCGACCUCUCGCCUGGCUACGGCUACGGGCAGCACGACCCUGCCAGCCUGCGUCUCCCUGGGUACGACCCUGCCGGCUACCCCGACAACACCUCCCGGCGCUAUGGCCACGACCUCUACGGUGCCCAGCAGCCCGGCUACCUCCCCCCACGCACCUGCCCAUGGCGGGGGGCAGCCAGCAGAGGCAUUGCCUGCCCGCUCAACGCCAGCCCCUGCUGCAGCCCAGGCACCAGCCGGCAGCAGGCGUGGGAGGAGUUCUCGCGCUGCUUCACGCCUGCUGUCAAGGAGGUGGUGGAGUUCGCCAAGAGCAUCCCCGGCUUCCAGGGUCUCUGUCAGCAGGACCAGGUCAUGCUGCUCAAGGCCGGCACCUUCCAGGUGCUGAUGGUGCGCUUUGCGGCGCUCUUCGACCCCAAGGAGAAGGCGGUGACGUUCCUGAGUGGGGAGACACACGCAUUGGGCGGGCUUCGGGCCAUGGGGAUGGGUGCCCUGCUCGAUGCCAUGUUUGACUUCAGCGAGAAGCUGGGCACCCUGGGGCUUGACGCCCAGGAGAUGGCACUCUUCAUGGCCGUCGUGCUCGUCUCCGCAGACCGCUCGGGCAUCUCAGACGUGGAGGCUGUGGAGAUCCUGCAGGAGACCCUGAUCCGGGCGCUGCGGACGCUGGUCACCAAGAAGCACCCCGACGACUCCACCCUCUUCCCCAAGCUGCUGCUGCGCCUGCCUGACCUGCGGACCCUCAACAACCAGCACGCGGAGAAGCUCCUCGCCUUCCGCAUCGACCCCUGAGCCAGAGCUGGAGCCAACGUCGCUCGCGGACUGGGUGGAGGGAAGGGGGUGGCCGGUGCUGCUGGGCAGCCCCGUGGAGCCAGGCUCUGCUUGCCUCAAGCCCAUGCCGGGCCCCCCCGCCCGGCAUGGUGGCCUGGACUGAUCCCCGCCGUGGCAGACUGUGCACGGCACUGUACAUAUGCCCUACUUUCCUCUGGCAGCACAUGCAAACGUGCGUGUGCAAGCCUCUCUAUUGCCCCGAGGCUCGCGCCUGUAUAUAUCCAGCCUGCCUGCGUUGUACAUGCCAAGUAGGUCCCAGGGGACAGAUGCCCCCCAGCUGCAUGCUGUGUUCCCCCAUGUCUCCCCUCCCUGCCCCUUCCCAGCCCAGGCUCGCUCCUGCAGGAGUCCUGGGGGGCUGCAUUUGUUUCCAGCUGUGGGGAAGAGCCAUGCCAAGAGGCUGUCCCACAGCUCCUUCACUCCCAUCUCCCUGUUCCCCCCACCUGCUGUGUUUGGUCUUGGAUUUUUUAACAUCUCAAGCAAAAACGGGGCUUCCACUGAUGCCUGGCACAGCUGAGCCUGCGUCUCUGUGGCUUGCAGGGGGCUCAGCAGCCUGUGGGGAGGGGUCCUGGUUCUCCGAGGGGGGGCAGCUUGCUGGCUGACCUCCCUGGGGACCUCCCUUUGCCCACGCAGGUCCCACCUUGGGCCACGGGGCUUCCUGAAGAUGGACUCUUCCCUGCUGAAGAAGCUGUGUGGCCCACAUUGAACAUAGGAGACCUGCCUCCAACUCUUCCGGGUCUCCCUGACCUCCUGUUCCUCUAACCACUAGACUCAAUUCCCCUUCCGGGCGGGGGGGCAGUCACUGGGCUGGGGUCCAAGCACAGGGCAAUGCCCGCCCCCCAUCACAUCCCCGUACAUAUCAGGUCAGUGCGGGGAUGGGGUGGGAGGGACAGAUACGCCCAGCCCACCCCAUGCAUGGCGCGAGCGGGGGGUGUUCUCUGCAGGAGCGUGGAACUGCUGCUGCUGCUGCUUUGUUCGGUCGUCGGAAGAAAAAAGCCCCCAAACUUUGCACUUUUAUGAGGAAUGAUGCACAGCGAAUCCUCCCUCGCCCUCUGGGAGUCGGGCCGGGGGCAGCCGGACGCCGCGGACAGAGAGCGUUUAUUUUUUCUCGAAUAUCAAAGUGCAAUAAACUGAAGGAAAACAGAGCUGUGCGUGGCAGCGUGGCCCAGGCGCGGCUGUCGUGGGACCGGGGCUGGGUUGAUGGGGGGGGUGUAAUCCUGCACCCUGAGCCCCCAGCGUCAGGAGCCAGGGGAGCUGGGUGGAAGCCGGUCCAUCGCAGGAGCCGGGAGCGGGCCGGGCCACCUGCCUUGCCGGGUCUGGGCGUGCCACACCGUGGGACCAGGCUGGGAGCUGCGCCGUGGCUUGUGGCCCCCGCUGACGGCUGCCCUGCGGCGCUCCCCGGCUGUGCCCACACCAUUGCUGUGCUGCGCCCAUUCCAGGGCCACGCUUGCCCACGGCCACAGUCAGCUCAUGCC